UUGGACAAUUGGAAUCUGAAGGCCCUCGCGAAUGCAUACGUCGCUGUGGAAUCUUGGGUCAGGUCGCCAGUGUCGGCGCUGAACGAACUAGGCGUUCGAGUCCGUUAUACACUAGUGGAGCAGAGCGGACCAGCACACUGUCCGAGCUUCACCGUUGUCGUCACUGUGGCGGACAUGCGGUCAGAGGGCAGGGGCCACAGCAAGCGGGAGGCUCGAGACGCGGCGGCGCGCGCCUGCCUGGUGGCGCUGCUGACGAGCGCGGACGGCAUGCAGCCGGCGGCGCUGCUGACGUGCGCGGACGGCAUGCAGCCGGCGGCACUGCUGACGCGCGCGGACGGCAUGCAGCCGGCGGCGCUGCUGACGAGCGCGGACGACAAGCAGCCGGCGGCGCCGACCCACCAGGACACCAGCGACGAGCCGCCCGAGGGACAAGAUGCAUUGGACAAUUGGAAUCUGAAGGCCCUCGCGAAUGCAUACGUCGCUGUGGAAUCUUGGGUCAGGUCGCCAGUGUCGGCGCUGAACGAACUGGGCGUUCGAGUCCGUUAUACACUAGUGGAGCAGAGCGGACCAGCACACUGUCCGAGCUUCACCGUUGUCGUCACUGUGGCGGACAUGCGGUCAGAGGGCAGGGGCCACAGCAAGCGGGAGGCUCGAGACGCGGCGGCGCGCGCCUGCCUGGUGGCGCUGCUGACGAGCGCGGACGGCAUGCAGCCGGCGGCGCUGCUGACGUGCGCGGACGGCAUGCAGCCGGCGGCACUGCUGACGCGCGCGGACGGCAUGCAGCCGGCGGCGCUGCUGACGCGAGCGGACGGCAUGCAGCCGGCAGCGCUGCUGACGCGAGCGGACGACAUGCAGCCGGCGGCGAUGCUGACGCGCGCGGACGGCAAUCAGCCGGCGGCGCUGCUGAGGCGCGCGUACGCCAUGCAGCCGGCGGCGCUGCCGACGCGCGCGGACAUCAUGCAGCCGGCGGCGCUGCUGACGCGCGCGGACAUCAUGCAGCCGGCGGCGCUACUGACGCGCGCGGACGGCAUGCAGCCGGCGGCGUUGCUGACGCGCGCGGACGGCAUGCAGCUGGCGGCGCUGCUGACGCGCGCGGACGGCAUGCAGUCGACGGCUCUGCUGACGCGCGCGGACGGCAUGCAGCCGGCGGCGCUGCUGACGCGCGCGGACGACAUGCAGCCGGCGGCGCUGCUGACGCGCGCGGACGGCAUGCAGCCGGCGGCGCUGCUGAAGCGCGCGGACGACAUGCAGCCGGCGGCGUUGCUGACGCGCGCGGACGGCAUGCAGCCGGCGGCGCUGCUGACGCGCGCGGACGACAUGCAGCCGGCGGCGCUGCUGACGAGCGCGGACGGCAUGCAGCCGGCGGCGCCGACCCACCAGGACACCAGCGACGAGCCGCCCGAGGGACAAGAUGCAUUGGACAAUUGGAAUCUGAAGGCCCUCGCGAAUUCAUACGUCGCUGUGGAAUCUUGGGGCAGGUCGCCAGUGUCGGCGCUGAACGAACUGGGCGUUCGAGUCCGUUAUACACUAGUGGAGCAGAGCGGACCAGCACACUGGCCGAGCUUCACCGUUGUCGUCACUGUGGCGGACAUGCGGUCAGAGGGCAGGGGCCACAGCAAGCGGGAAGCUCGGGACGCGGCGGCGCGCACCUGCCUGGUGGCGCUGCUGACGAGCGCGGACGGCAUGCAGCCGGCGGCGCUGCUGACGAGCGCGGACGGCAUGUAG